AUUCGAAAAAAGAGGGUGAGAAAAGAACUGAGGAGCGGGGCAUCUUUCAGAGAGCAGAGGGACGCGGGAUCCAUGAUGUAACCCCUUCUUCACCCAAGCCAGUAUCCGAAUCGGGAUCCAGAUCUCGAUACCAAAGAUGCCCUCCAAAUCAACACUCAAGGCAGAAAAAAAAAGAUAACCAAGAUAGUCUCCAACUAGCACUUAAG